UGAAGAGAGUUAUGAUGCAUUCAGUUCCAUUGCAAGAAGAAAUAACUAUGGAAAUCCUCAGCAGGCUACCUGUGCAGCCUCUUCUACGAUUCAAAUGUGUAUCGACGUGUUGGAUGACACUGAUAUCCGAGCCUUACUUUACGUUGAAGCAUCGCAAUCGCGCCAAGAAUGAUCAAAAUUCUCAAAAAUUUCUUGUUAGCCGGAAGGACCUUCUUGAGGACGAGUUUUCUCUGUAUUGUUCUUCUUUAUCAUCGGUUCAACGCAUUGAGGAAGUACAAAAACUUGAUUGUCCUUCUAACGGUAAACCAUGGAGGAGUUGCAAAUUAUAUUGUUGUUACGAUAGCUUGGUGCUUAUCGCGGUUUUUAACUAUUGUGAUAAAACCAAUCAACGUUUGCUAUGGAACCCCUCCACAAGAGAAUCAAUAGUACUUCCGGAUCAAAAAUUUUCACUGGAGCGGUGUUGGUGCACUUGGGGAUUGGGAUAUGACUCAGUUAGCGACGACUAUAAGAUCCUUAAGAUUGAUCUAGAGUCAUGCAGUGAAAUUCUCGCAUUGAAAAGUGGCUCCUGGAGAUUAACGAAUAACUAUCCUAUCGGCAAUCGCCCUGAUUUAUUAUGUACAGAAUCUUUGGUAUUUGUGCAUGGAGCAUUUCAUUGGAUCGAUAAUAUAUCAAGAUCUACGGUAACUGCAUUGAGUAUUUCAAGUGAGGUGUACACAGAGAUACCGUUGCCAGAGAAAAUGCUCUCCAUUUACGACCACAAGUGUGGGCGGCUUGUUUCAGUGUGGCAGAAAAGCUUUGUGUUUAUGUUAAUUAUACGUCUUAAGUGGGGAACACUUUUAGGUUUUGGGUGA